UUUACCCAAAAUCAUUUUCAGCACUCAGUCUGGAUGUCUUCGCUCCUCAGUCUCCGUCCUCAUCAUCCUUUCGCCCUCUCUCUCCCCUGUACCAGAUCCCUCUUCAGGCCUUUCUCUCUCCUCUCCUCUCUCUCCUCAAACCAGACCCUAACCCUAACCCUAGCUCUAGACUAUUCUUCACCUCUCAGCCACGGCCCAUCCCUCUUCAAAGGCCGCAAUCCAGACGCUAACCCUAACCCCAAUCAAGAUUCCAUCGCCGUCGCCGCCGACGCCGAAUCCAUCGACAGGUCACAAUUCACCCGCGUCUUCGACAUUUCCGCCCUCAGAGUCCCCGCCGAAGAGUGCUCCGCCCUCGAGCGCCGCAUUCGCGGCCACCUCCUCAACUGGCCGCGGGUCCGCAACAUCGCCAGGGUCGAAGGCGAUGAUGUUGAUCCCGAUCUCAAGAAUUUGCUGAAAAAUCCACCGUCAGUAAGCGAAGAUCGACUCAAGUCGUUGGAUCGGAAGUCGGAAAUUGAGGAGGAGGUGUUCAGUCCGGUUUUGUAUAGGGAGAAGCUCGUGAAGGAUUUUAAUUGCAGAGGGUAUGUCAACUUCAGGAAUCUUGCAAAGAUUUCGAGGCCGAAGAAGAAGAGGAGGAGGAAAGAAGGAGGGGGUGAAGGAAAAGAGAGAAGAGUGAAGGAUGAGAUUUAUAGUGUUGAAGUGGUUGGGGAUGAAGAGGAUGAGGAUUGGAGCAUUUUGAUCGGAGAGGGGUUUAAAGGAGGGAAAUGGAGUGGUCCGACGAGGCUGCUGUUGUUGGAUGAACGAUAUGCGAAGAAAGGAAUGGACGAGAUGCCUGAGGCUGUUAAGGCUGCAUUGUUGGGCGGUCCUAUGCAAAACAGCCCUUUGAUAUUUGAGCUUGUUCAAUGCCGGGUAACCUUGUAUUACAACUAUUGGCAGAUGAAUGAGCUAUUGGAAGCUUUGCUUCCUGAAGGUAUCAUAGUCCCAACAGGUUUUGAAACUGUUGGUCAUAUUGCACACUUGAAUUUGAGAGAUGAGCAUCAACCUUUCAAGAAGCUUAUUGCUCAAGUGAUUUUGGACAAGAACAGUCCUAAAAUACAAACAGUUGUAAACAAAAUAGAUGCCAUUCAGAAUGAUUACAGAACAAUGGAGCUUGAUGUGUUGGCAGGCAACCACUCACUUGUCACUACAGUAAUAGAAAAUGGAAUUCGUUUUCAAGUUGAUUUAGCCUCGGUAUAUUGGAAUUCUAGGUUGGCUACUGAAAGGCAAAGGCUUAUUAGUUGCUUUUCAAACUCCGAUGUUGUAUGUGAUGUAUUCUCCGGUGUAGGUCCCAUAGCUAUUACUGCGGCAAAAAAAGUAAAGUAUGUAUAUGCAAAUGAUUUGAACCCAAAAGCUGUUGAUUAUCUGGAAAGAAAUAUUGUUCUCAACAAGCUUGAUCGAAAAAUCGAGGUUUCUAACAUGGACGGUAGAAGGUUCGUUCGCAGUAUUUAUGCCAGUCAGCGGGCUUAUAAUAUUACUCAAGUGGUCAUGAAUUUGCCAAAAGAUGCUGCAGAGUUUCUUGACUGUUUUCGAGGAAUCUUUUGUAAGCGACACAAGGAUAUAGGCUGCACGCUGCCAAAAAUCCAUGUCUACGGAUUCUCCAAGGCUGAAAAUCCUGAGUUUGAUUUUCACGAGCGGAUAAACAUGGCACUUUAUGAGACGGUGAAGGAAGUAGAUAUGCACCGAGUUAGGCUCGUUGCACCCGGAAAAUGGAUGUUAUGCGCGUCAUUUAUCCUUCCGCAAACGGCUGCCUUUGCAAAAACUUCCGCAGGCUAACAAGGGACAUGUUGCCUACACAAUUCAUGGGAUUUUGCUAAGUUCUCGGUCCAUGCAGCCGCAUUGCCAGAAACCACAGGUUUCAGUUGAGCAUGCUCUUUGUGCAGCAGCAGCAGGCUACUGGAGGCCCUGGGCACUGUGAGGUGGCACCGGCAAAGGAACCUCCGAGUGUGCGUCUUUUCUGAUCCAUGUAAUUAAAAACAAACUUUAGCCCAGCCACUGAAAAAAGCUGAUAGCAUCCAUCACCUGUGUACUGUGGCCCAACUGCCAAAGGUACAGAGGUUCUAUUAUUUGUGUUUGUUGCCUAAUGCUCUCUUUGCUUGUAUUAAUAUCACCUAAAUGUCUAAUAAAUUGGACCAUUCAUUUUUUU